UUUUUUUUUUACUUCUAGGAAUGAGAUAAGUAGCCGUGCAUCACUGCUGUGAUGGCUACUAUCAGUCGCUAGAAUGAAUUUGAUCCCUCACUAUUUUUUCAAAAUCAUUUCAGUCAGCCUGUGAUUCUAUUCCUAGGUUGACAUGUAUUAUAACAUAACUUCACUCAAGUAAAUUCAUAGCGACUGUAGAUUUAUCAACCAUUAAAGACACAACGGGAUCGACAGUACCAGCACCCUGCAGACAUCACAGACAGAGAGUAGCUCUGCUUUGACUGGGCAGGAGAGAUUUCUUGCCAUUUUCCCAAAGGAGAAAAUUUCUUGCCAGCCCAACAUAGUUCAUCAUGUCUUGCUGCUUGAGUGAAGAACAGAAAGAGAAGAAGAGAAUCAAUGCUGAAAUUGAAAGGCAGCUUCGUAAGGACAAAAGAGACGCCAGGAGGGAGUUGAAGCUACUACUGCUUGGCUAAACGCCUGUCCAGUGAGCGUGAAUCUGCUGGAGUGAAUGGGCAUAGUGAUUGCGGAAGGACGCCUAUAUAAACCAUAAUAAGCCAUCUGUGUUAGGAUAAUGGGAAACAUGACCUGUUGUCAAAGUGAAGAAGAGAAGGAACAGCAGCGCAUAAACAGGGAAAUUGAGAAAGAGUUGAGGCGAGGGAAACGUGAUGCACGUCGAGAGCUCAAGCUACUUCUUCUGGGGACUGGAGAGUCAGGGAAGUCCACAUUCAUCAAGCAGAUGCGAAUCAUCCAUGGCAGUGGAUAUUCUGAAGAGGACAAACGUGGAUUCAUCAAACUUGUCUAUCAGAACAUUUUCCUUGCCAUGCAGUCGAUGAUUAGGGCCAUGGAGCUCCUCAAAAUCCAAUAUGGGAACCCUAAGUGCCAGGAUAAGGCAGAACUUGUGAAAUGUGUGGAUCAUGAGACAGUGACAACAUUUGAGGAGCCCUAUGUGAGUGCCAUUAAAGCCCUCUGGCUAGACUCGGGAAUCCAAGAGUGCUACGACCGCAGGAGGGAAUACCAGCUCACCGAUUCUGCCAAAUACUACUUGUCAGACUUAGAUCGAAUAGCAGCCCCCUUGUACCUCCCCACGGACCAGGACAUCCUCAGAGUAAGGGUACCCACUACUGGGAUCGUGGAGUAUAUCUUUGACCUCCAGGAGAUUCGGUUCAGUUACCUGGAUGACAUAGAUCGCAUAAAAGCAGUCGACUACAUCCCGACUGUCCAGGACAUCCUGCGUGCCCGUGCUCCCACAACAGGGAUCCUGGAAUAUCCUUUCGAUCUUGACUCCAUCAUUUUUCGGAUGGUGGAUGUUGGAGGGCAGCGAUCAGAGCGACGCAAGUGGAUUCAUUGCUUUGAGAAUGUCACAUCCAUCAUCUUUCUUGUCGCCUUAUCUGAAUAUGAUCAGAUUCUCUUUGAAUCAGACAAUGAGAAUCGGAUGGAGGAGAGCAAGGCCCUGUUCAAGACGAUCAUCACUUACCCAUGGUUUCAGCAGUCCUCUGUCAUUCUCUUCCUCAACAAAAAGGACCUGCUCGAGGAGAAGAUAAUGUAUUCACACCUUGUGGACUACUUCCCUGAGUAUGAUGGUCCUCAGAAAGACCCGAUAGCUGCAAGGGAAUUCAUCCUUCGAAUGUUUGUAGAACUUAAUCCUGAUGCUGAGAAGAUUAUUUAUUCUCAUUUCACGUGUGCCACAGAUACGGAGAACAUCAGGUUUGUGUUUGCAGCUGUGAAAGACACAAUACUUCAGUUGAAUCUGAAGGAAUAUAACCUGGUGUAGCAAAAGAGAGAGAUAUGGACUCUUAAAAGAGAGACAGAAGGAAAACAAAGGAGAGAGCAGAAAUAAAGCAGACACACAUGCUAGUCUGUAUCCUCUUCCAUCCAGCCAGCUGUCAAUUUUCCCCCUCUCUCUUUUUCCAUUGCUCACAAACUGUAUUGUUCGUCCUGUUUUUCAUCGGUGCUCUCUCUCUUUCUCUCUCUCUCUCUCUCUUCUCUUCCGUCGCGUCGGAUCUCACGCUUCCUUGUUUUUGUUCGUCCUCGUGCUCCCUUUUUCAAUCUGCCACGCUCAACACAAAAUACAAGACAGAAUGAGCGAUUAUUCGUCAUCACUGCGUCAGUGUCAGCGGUGCUGGUCUCGAAACUCUCGAUCCAAGUGCCUGCAUCCCUGUGACCUCCGAACCACAAGUGAAGGAAGACCCGAAAGAACUCCCGAACCACAUUGAUCGUCCCGAUCGGGAAAGAGACGCUCGGCCGUCGUCUCGAUCGGGAAGGACGCCUGGCUCUGGCGACUGUGACGGGAAAAUGUGUUCUCGCCUUAGGGAGAGAACAUCAUGUGGUCUUUUUUUUAAUCCUACGAGUGUAGCACGUGGCUUCGGACUGAAUGCUGCCCGACAAAGAGAAUCCACAUUCAUUUUUUUAUGUGUGUGAUUAUUAGAAUGAUGAUGAUGAUGCAAACAACUUUCAGCUUGGGUUUUCCCAUCCCAUUUGUUCCCCUCAAUCUCUGUCUGACAAGUGAGAUCCACCACUGCGCAUGCUCUAGUCAUCUUCGACAUUGCGCUUGCCUUCUCAUUUUUUCCUGGUUCCCCCUUCCCCCUCUUUCUCUCUUUCUCAGUAAGACAAUACCUACAUUCUAUUGAUAACAAUCUCCCUCCUUUCUCAGAGUGUGCUAGAACGGGAUCCUUCAUCUGUGCCAAACUGUCUUUCGGUUUUCUUCUCAUCUCAUUUUUCAUCUCUAUUUACAUCAUCGGUUCAUUCAGUGAUCAUUUCGCUUGCAAAGCCCUAGUCAGUAUGCCCUGGGACUUCUCGGGCGACCCACGUGACGUUUUCAUCUCCCUUUUUUUGUUCGCUUUGUUCAUGACAAAACACAAGGGUCCACAGUAUAUGAUUGACUUUGUCUUUUUUAUGAUGGGUGAUCAAGAUGUUUUCUAUAUUAUCAUCAUUUCCUCUUCCUCCAUUUGCCUAUGCUUUAUUUCCCCCCUUCAUGAGUGUGUUCCUCCCUCUCGUCCUCUCUCGUUCUCCCAUCUUCGAGUUCGAGCUGCCAGCCGACGACAAUGUUGCGUGAGUGGCCCUGUAUCAUUUUAUGCCGAUUUUACCAUUGCAUUGGUGAAAAAUACACACUAUUACUACAAACAUGAAUUGCUGGGUCAUGGAUUUAAUGACCUAGCUUUAAUUAAUUAAUAAAGGGA